AUGAUCCAGGAAUUCAUAGUUCUAUCGACUAGAAGUUUUGGAUCAGAAGGGAGGAAGGAAUGUGGUCUUAUGGUUGCUAGGGUGCUUGAGCAACCAAGAGAGUUGGUCGAUGGUUGCUGGGAUGCUUAUAGCAGCAAAAUGAUGGAGGUUGAUGGCUCAGGAAUGACUGUGAUGGUUGCUAGAAUGCUUGCAGUAGCUGAAGAAAGGUGA